CAAAAGGCUCAUAUCUUGAAAACGGUUUUAUUAUAUCCACACCACUAACUCACGAUCGUCUAAGAUGAGAUUGGUUAUUGUAUCAAUACUUGUCGCUGCGGUGUCAGGGGCAGCUAUCUCACCCGUUAAAGAGAGAUUAGAAAACAAUUCUACUACAGGAAUUUUGGAAUCUGAAGCAAAUAUAGUAUUUCGUAAAGAUGUAUACGACAAACAAAACAAAAACAGAAAUAAAGAGCAGACAGCAAAUGCAAAUGAAGGAAACGAAGAAGAGACUACUGGGGUAACAGAAUCCGUUUCGUGGGUGCCGGAAUCUGACAUAAAUACGACAGUUGAUAUAAACGACGAGACCACAACGCAAUACACGACAGACUUGAUUUCUGUAGAACGGGUGAUUCCGUUUGAAAUUCUGUCCUCAGCCUUGGGCUAGUAUGGCUAAUAACGGAUCAGCUAAAAUAAAUGUAACACAUAUUUUACUUUAUUGUACGUAGCAGUUGGUAGUGUAAUCAUAAUUUAAUGUAAUAAUAAAUCGAUGAACUUGUACUUUUUGAGGAAAGUUGGUAAAUAAAACAAUAAAUUUUA